CAUUACGAAUUACAAAACACGCUGUCGCCGGGCGUUUUAUAUUUUGUAUAUUACGAAAUCAAAUUGCAGUUGACUUUAGUCCAUUACAACUUAAAAAAUGAUACAAGCACAGCGCCAGCGUGUCGAGUCGGCAGUUACCGAGCUCAUCGAUGACAUGGACAAAACUCACCUACGCAAAAUGCAGAAUGAAAUGCAUCUGUGUGCCGCCAAGUGUUGCCAGGAUGGAACCUCCAGUGUGGACAGCGUUCAGCGUUGUGUCGAUCGCUGCUCGACUCCCAUGACCCGAGCACAAAACUACGUUCAACAUGAACUGGGUGAAUUUCAAGGCAGGCUGCAACGUUGCGUCAUGCAAUGCAAUGAUGAUGUCAAAGUUAAAAUGCCAGCCAAUCCCAACGAGGACCAAAUUGCCAAGUACACAGAUCAAUUUGAACGGUGUGCUAUACAAUGCGUCGAUAAACAUGUCGGCCUUAUUCCCAACCUGAUGAAAACUAUGAAAUCGGUUUUAUCCAAAGGACCCGAAGCAAUACCGCAAAACUCCUAAGUCAUUUAAAUGCAUUUACUUAACCCAGUACCUUAAUUUUACUAAGUUGUUAUUUUUUAUGAUCCGGCAGAAUUAAUAUGCAAUAUCUUAAGCUCAAAUCUGAUUUUUCUCAUUCUAUUUACGGGGCAAGAUCAAGUAAAGUAAAUGCAUUUAAUAAUCCCCCUACUUUAAUUAGUUGUUGAACUUCUUGAAAUAUAUGGCAGAAUUAAUACCAACUAUCUUAAUCCAUCUGAUUUUAAAAAUGUAGUUAUUUCACAUACAUUUUUAA